AUGCAUUGCUUUUUUGCUGAGCUGGAGCCGUCUAUUCCCGUCACGGAACAAAACCUGGCAGACCGAGUUCGGUACAUCAUGCGCUCGAAAAUAUUUAAUGAUGCCGAGCUCGAACGACUACGACGUGAGGCCAUUCCUUCAUCGAAUGAAUUGGCUACGGCUGGGGAUGCGGCUCCUCAGGCGACAGACCAGCUACCACGCGUAGAAGCCGCCAUGGAUCUUCCAGUUGUGGUUGAUCUGGACGAUGAUGAAAUGCUCUCCCACGAACUAGAGCAAAUGAGGAGUAUAUUAGAAGAGACGAUUUUGGAAACGCGCAGCAUGCCUCCGAAAAUCGACCGCGACUUCCCCCGCAUACCCCUAAGCAAGUGA